AUGGGGUCCGGCCAGAGCUCAGCAAAUGGCGGCGGCGCAGGGCAGCAAGCUGCAAACGCCGCCAUGAAGACGAGUUAUUACGAGCUGCUGGGAGUCGAGCGCCAGGCUACCGAGGACGAGAUCAAGAAAGCCUAUCGUCGCAAAGCCCUCGAGCUACACCCGGACCGCAAUUACGGCAACGAAGAAUGGGCGACGGAACUGUUCUCCGAGGUGCAGUCGGCGUACGAAGUGCUGUCGGAUCCGCAGGAACGCGCAUGGUACGAUUCGCACGAGUCGGCCAUCCUCAGCGGCGCCGACCCGGCCGACGCGCAUUUCGAGCACGACGUCAAGGUCACGACCGCCGACGACAUCACGCGCAUGGUGCGCCGCUUCAACAGCCGCGUCGAGUACUCGGACGAGCCCGACGGCUUCUUCGGCUUCCUGCGCGACACGUUCGACACCCUGGCCAAGGAGGAGAUGGUGGCCGCCGCCUGGGAAGGGCUGGACGCGCCGGAAUACCCUACAUUCGGUCGCAAGGAUUCGUCGUACGAUGACGUAGUGCGCCAGUUCUACGCCGUGUGGAUGAGCUUCUCGACGAAGAAGACGUUCGCGUGGAAGGACAUCUACAGGUACUCGGACGCGCCCGACAGGCGCACGCGCCGGUACAUGGAGAAGGAGAACGCUAGGUUGCGCGAGGAGGGCGUGCGCGAGUUCAACGAUGCCGUUCGUCAGCUAGUCGCCUUCGUCCGCAAGCGCGACCCUCGCUGGGCGCCGAACACCCAGACCGAGGCCGAGAGGCAGAAGGCGCUGAAGGAGAUGCGUGAUGCCCAGGCCGCUCGCGCUAGGGCGGAACGCGAGGCCUUGAUGCACGAGGAGGUUCCCGAGUGGACCAAAGUGCGGGAGCCUGAGGAAAUUGAGGAGAGUGAGGAAGAGGAGAUCGAGGAGGAGCACUUUGAAUGUGUGGCUUGCAACAAGACUUUCAAGAGCGAAAACCAGUGGCAAGCACACGAGAAGAGUAAAAAGCAUCAAAAGGCAGUGUAUGCUCUGCAAAAGAAGAUGCGGAAAGAGAACAAGAAGCUCAAUCUGGAUGACGAUGUGCCUAGUAGUGGCGUGGCAACUCCCGAUGCUGAGGAGGAGGAAGUCAUCGAAGAAAGCAAAGAUGCAUCCGAAGUGGAGGAAACAACACAGGCGAUCGAGGAUGUUGAUCUGGAAGAUGAAGACCAAUCAGAGGAGGAGGAUCCGAAGGAGAAGAAGACUUCUACGAACAGCAAGAAGCCAACCCCAUCCGGAUCUGAAGAAGAGGAAUCGGAUGAUGACUAUGUGCCGCGUUCAAAAUUAGAGUCUAGGCUGGCAGGAGAUGCCGAAUCCGACAAGGAAGAUGAGGACUCGAAGCCGAAGCUUGGCUUUGAUUCGGAUGAUGAAAAGCCGGCAGCAGCCGCCGCUCCAAAGAAGGGGAAAGCAGCACAAAAACGUGCAAAGAAAGCAGCAAAACAAGCUGCGGCGGAUCAAGAAGAGCUAAAGCACAAGUGUGUUGUAUGUCAAACAGGAUUCCCUUCAAAGACGAAGUUAUUCGAUCAUAUCAAGGCCACCAAGCAUGCCGCCCCGGUCAGUCAUACCAAGGGGGCCGGUGGUGGUGGGAAGAAAAAAGGAAAGAGAUAA